CACGUAAUCAAAAUUAUUCACCACGGGGAAGCGCAUCGGGGCUUUAUCUACCGAAUCUCGAAAGCCUCUCUCUCUCUCUCUCGCUCUUAGAUUACUUCAAUUGUUACGUUUCAGAUUUGACGCAAAUUUUAUAGACAAGGGCACACAAUGCAGGCAUCAAGGGCAAGGCUUUUCAAGGAAUACAAAGAGGUGCAGCGGGAGAAAACAGCUGAUCCAGAUAUUCAAUUAGCUUGUGAUGAUUCAAAUAUAUUCAAAUGGACUGCUCUUAUCAAGGGACCAUCAGAGACUCCUUAUGAGGGUGGUGUCUUCCAGCUUGCUUUUGCUGUUCCUGAGCAGUAUCCUUUGCAACCUCCCCAAGUGAGGUUCUUAACAAAAAUUUUCCAUCCAAACGUUCAUUUUAAGACAGGAGAGAUUUGCCUUGAUAUCUUGAAAAAUGCAUGGAGCCCAGCUUGGACACUCCAAUCUGUUUGUAGGGCUAUAAUUGCUUUGAUGGCCCACCCGGAACCUGACAGUCCACUUAAUUGUGAUUCAGGUAAUCUUUUACGCUCCGGGGAUAUUAGAGGAUUCCAGUCCAUGGCAAAGAUGUAUACUAGGCUGGCAGCCAUGCCCAAGAAAGGCUGAAUUGCUCAAGUGCUGUUCGUUCUCCUAGCAUUGAGUGCAGUGUUGCUUCUAUUGUGCAAAGAAACCUUAAAUGCAAUUGAUGCCAGAUGGCAAUUGUUUCUUGUUAUUUUUCUUUUUCGUAGCACAUGUAAUAUGCUUACAAGUGAAUGUUAUCUUGGGUAUGAAAAUCUCCAAAACUGAAAGUGGUCGGAUUUUGUCACAGCCAUAUUUUGUAGAGAAUAUAUAUUGCAAAAAUUUGGAUAUAAGGACUGUGAGCCAGUAUA